AUGCUCUCUCCUCAACCACAGCUCUUCUUACUUGGCUCGGAUUCGACUGUCCUUUACAACACAGCGUAUGGUCGACUGCUGCAUGACCACCAUCCGCUGUACCAAGGGCGACCUAUAAGUCUCAACACAGCUCUCAUUCAACAGCUGCCCGAAGUCGAUAUACUGAGAGGGUACGCAAGCGAAAAGUCUGGAUUUAACAGCGAUCAACAUAUACCGUUCUUCUUCUCCCGAAAUGGUCGCCUUGAGGAAGUCUUCUUAUCCAUCACCACGACGGGCCUACCGCCAUCCUUGGGCGGCUUCCAUGCCACAACCUACAACGUUACGCGAGACGUGUUGGACUCUCGCCGCGAGCGUUCUUUAGACGAGUUCCGUAACGCUUGCGAGACUGCUUCGGAUCUGGAGACGUUAUGGCCUUCAAUUUUGAAGGGCAUCUCUAACGGAGAUGGGGACAUAUCAUUCGCUGCUUUGUACCGCUUCGAGAGGAACCAAGACAGUAUGAAAGAAACUGGUCCUUCCAACAAUCAGGCCAAUUCGCUCGCCUUCGCCCUCUCUGGCACCGUUGGCUCCUUCCCGACCGCACCAUUAUCCACAAUCGAGCCAAGUAUGGAUGAAGCAUGGGUGAAAAGCUUCUUCAGGAGUGUCGAUUCUCGUUCGCCGGUACUUCUCCAGGCUGAGAACGGUACUCUUCCAAUGGAAAUGUGUCAAGCAUCUACGAGCCGAUGCUAUGGCGACAUCUGCCACCAGGCUGUCAUAUUGCCCAGUGUUUCGAACCGGACUGCCAACAUCGAUGCGGUUUUAAUUGUCGGUCUGGCACCUCGUACACCUUACGACCGCUCCUACCAAGCUUGGAUUAAGACACUCCAUCGUGACUUCUCCCACGAGGUGAACUCGAUGGCAAACCUUGAAGCUAGGAGCCGUACCGAAAAAAUCCGGAGAGAAAGCAUCGCUAUAGGAAAUGACAUUUUCGCCAAAGAAGAAGCCCUCAAACAACAAGAGCUUGCUCGCGCAGCAGCUCUGGAGCAGCUUCAUCUCAGCGAAUCGCGGCUGCAAGAAGCCGUGGAGGCCAAACGGCAACAAGAGAACUUCGUUGACAUGGUGAGCCAUGAAAUUCGAAAUCCUCUUAGUGCUGUUAUGCACUGUGCGGAUUCCAUAGCCCACUCGCUCUCUGAAGUAAGGCUUCUCCUCAACCAGUGCGAGAAGCGAAGCGCACCCGACAACGACAGCUCCCGUACCGCCGACGACUUGCGAAAUCUCAACAGCAGUAUUGGCGAUGCUGUCGAUACGAUCAUGGCAUGCACCAUGCAUCAGAAACGUAUCAUCGAUGACAUCCUCUCGCUCUCCAAACUGGAUUCGAAUUUGUUGGAAAUCUGUCCGACAGUCUUUCACGUCAAGACUUUCUUGAAUCAAGUCGAAAGCACUUUCAGAGCGGAGGCUGAACAGGCUGGAGUUCAGCUUGUAGCUGUAGCUGAUUCUUCAUUGAGCGAGCUCGGUGUUGACUGGAUCGAUGCUGAUCCGGGCAGAGUGACACAAGUGUUAUUCAACAUGGUCGCCAAUGCAAUCAAGUUCACCAAGGAUAGACCCGACGAAAGAGCUGUCACUGUUCGUAUCGGAGUAGCAGCUUGGCCACCCACUGCUAUCUUUGACGGUCUCAUCAAAGCAGUCCAAAAGAGUGAGUCGACCGAUCAACCAGUACUCGAGGUCGAACCAUCGGACGGGUCAAUAUUCUUGUGGUUCAAAGUCGAAGAUACAGGGUGCGGAAUGGAUGAAUCGACCAAAGCGCGCGUCUUCAGCCAGUUCACCCAGAACAAGCCCAAGACAUACAGCAAAUACGGCGGUUCUGGGCUGGGGUUGUCCAUCAGCAAGAAAUUGGUGGGCUUGCUGGGUGGCGAGAUCGGCUUUCAGUCUCAGCAACAUAUCGGGUCGACAUUUGCUUUUUAUACAAAAGCAUCUAGGGCUUCACCACCGAGACCGUCUCUAUCUACUAGAAGCUCCGAAAAGUCUAUCACUAGCGAAGGACCAACCUCGCCGCUGCCUCAUGCGAUGGGUGCCGCUGCGGAUGCGCCGCCGACCACGCAAUCUAGCAUCCUGCUUGUGGAAGACAACAUGGUCAAUCAACGGGUCCUUAAGAAACAGCUGCAACUCCAGGGCUACAUCGUUUACACAGCUGACAACGGCCAAGAAGCUUUCGACUUCAUCAAAACUACGCAACACUGGAAGGGCUCGACCUCAUCGCAACCACGCGUCGACGAGCCACGAAUCGACGUCAUCCUUAUGGACAUUGAGAUGCCCAUUGUCAAUGGGCUUGAGUGUGCGAGUAUGAUUCGCGCUGCGCAGGAGGACGGGUCAAUCGAUAAGCAUCUACACAUCAUCGCUGUUACCGCAAAUGCAAGACCCGAGCAACUGAAGCGCGCGCGAGAGACUGGAAUGGACGACGCAGUUCCGAAGCCCUUCCGCGUGCGAGAUCUCGCAGCUGUCAUAGAGCAAUUGAGAAUUGAUGUAGCCACCUCGAUACGACUCAAGAUGAGCUUCAAUCUAGACGCACUCUUUCACGUUCCUGACGACUUGCGUUCCGAGACUUUGUCGCUUAGCCUGUCGGUACGCAAGGCGCCUGUUGUAGAGCUCACGGGAGGCUUAUGGCAGGAGAACGCAGUGGAUGAAGAGCAGGAAGCGAAUGACGAAGAAGAAGCCCGUCUGCGAGCCGUGAUCGCAGCCUUGAGCCGAGAGAGCGACUACUGGAAAGCGCAAGCUGAGGAACGAGGCAAGACCAUCGAAGAUCUAGAUCGAAAGACGUCGAAAGCUGCCGCGGCAUCUGACCUUCCGACUGACACCGUACGCCGUCUCAACCGCCUCGAAAGCGAGGUCACGCGUCUGCAAUCCGAAAACACGCAGCUGAAAGACACACUGAAGACCAUCGAGUACGAAAAUGUCAAUCUGGGCAAUCAGAACGAUGGAAGGACGCGGAAGCUGAAGGGUGCCAACAAGAAGGUCAAGAAUGCUAAGGACAUGGCGGCGAAGGAGGAAGAGAAGGCCAGAGACGCCCAAGGUGACAAGCAACACCACCUCGCAUCCGAACGCAGGAUGAAGAAGGAACGGGGUGAUGCUUUGGCUGCACUACAGCAACAGAGAAAGCUCAACGGUGACCUGCGCGCGGAGCUUGAGAUCGAGCAGUCGGGUGCACCUCACAUGCGCGAUGUUGCUGCGGACCCGAACAACACCACCGCCAUCAUCCCGAUUCAGUUUGAUAUCCGCCGCACCGAUGUGCAGGCGAUGAUGGGAGUUCUACAGUGGCAUCAGAUGAACCUGACGGAGAGGUUCAAGGAAUGGUACAAGGACUGGAGGAAGGCAUCUACUGGUGAGGCACGCAAAGUAGUCGGCUCGGAGGGUGUGGAUGAUGAGAACAAGAAGCUUGAAAAGCUGUAUGGAGAUAUGAUCGAGAUGCCUGAUGGUUACAUGGAGACUGCUGCUGAGCACGACGGGUGGCGAUCGAAGCGCGGAGUCCAGGCGGUUUGUCGUCAUGCUGAAGCGCGACACAACGGAGAGAUACAACACCGCCAGGGUUCAAUAGCGACCAUGUCCAACAUCCUGCCCCUACACCACUCGUACUACCCCUCGCGCCAGUCGUCCCUCUCUCGGUCCGUAGACACUGCGCAAAAGCCGUCGACAUCGUCCUCUGCAGCCACGAUCCGUCCGCAACCCGGCACACAAUCGCAACCACAAGGGCAGCACAUCGCAAUGAGCGGCACCCCAAGUCAAGGGCCUGGGCUGCGGUACCCGUCAAAUAAAAAGAGCAUAUACGACAGGAAUCUGAACCGGAGUAAGAAUGCGGAGCUUAGCAGAGCGGCGUUUGCGUACCUCUUCAUUGAGAUGAUUGCGUAUGCGCAGAAGGGCGCGAAGGAUGUGGGAGACUUGGAGCAGAGACUGAAUACACAAGGCUACCCCAUUGGCCUCCGCUUACUCGACCUUCUCCUCUCCCGAACCGCCAACCCCCUCGCGAGCAUUCGGCCCACUCGUAUCCUGCCUCUCCUCCAGUUCAUCGCGCAACAGCUAUACCGCUACCUAUUCGGUCGACCCGCGGAUGCAUUAGAAAAGUCUGGCACCGACCCAGGACAGUACAUGCUCUUCGACAACGACCCGAUGGUCAACCAAUACAUAAGUCUGCCCAAAGAACUGUCGAGUUUGAACUGCGCGGCCUUUGUUGCGGGCAUAAUUGAGGGUGUGUGUGAUGGUGCGGGGUUCCCAACCGAGGGCGUGACAGCGCAUAGUGUAGGCGACGAGGAAGGCAAGGGUCUGUGGCCGGGCAAGACAGUCUUCUUGAUCAAGUUUAAGCCUGAAGUGCUGGAGAGGGAGGAGAUACUGGGGAGGGGUGGGGGCUGA